GGGGAGUCCUAGAGCGGCCCGGAAGGCAUUGUACUGGAAGAGGACUAGCCCCCCACCAUGCCCCCACCUUAGAGGAGACUUGGCUGUUCCCUUUUGGCGGCAGCAGCAGCAGCAGCCUCGGCGGGGAGACCUGGACUGGAGUGCAGAGCAGAGAUGGAAAAGGAACACUCGGUCAGCCAAGCAGCAGGAAGUGACCCUCUUGCCAAGCAGACUGAGCAACUCUGGGAAAGAACUGUGCAGGAGAUGCUGGGUGAGGAUGCCACCAGCUCAGCUGCAAAGUCCUGCAGCCUCAGACAGUUCUGUUAUCUGGAGACUGAGGGACCCCGAGAGCUUUGCAGUCGAAUCCACAGUCUUUGCUGUCACUGGCUGAAGCCAGAAAAGCAUACAAAGGCUCAGAUGCUGGACCUGGUGGUUCUGGAGACGUUUCUGGCCAUGCUUCCCCCAGAGAUGGAGAGCUGGGUCAGAGAAUGUGGUGUGGAGACCAGUUCCCAGGCGGUAGCCCUGGCAGAAGGUUUCCUCUUGAGCCAGGCCGAGGCCAAGAAGCAGGGAGAGCAGCAGUGCCAGAAGCCACCCAAAGUAGAAACUGAUUUCUCAGUGGCAGAGAUGGCUUCUUUUGACCAUGGAGAGAGGACCCCAUUCAGGUGGAUCGUGAAAGCAAGUGAAGGAGGUGCCAUCUUGUUGGGUGAUGAAGUCGCACUGUCUCUUCCGUCCAGGCCUUCUCUUUCUGGGAGAGCAGAGACAGCAUCUGUGGAACUGGACCAGGGUCCAGUGACCUUUGAGGAUGUGGCUGUGUGUUUCAGGAAGGAGGAGUGGGCUCUGCUGAAUCCUGACCAACGGGCUCUGCAUUCAGAAGUCAUGGAGGAGAUCUGUGGGCAUCUGGCCUCUCUGGGUGAUGGAGGGGUGAGUGAGAAAAAGGAUGAAUUGUGGAGGACGAAAUGGGAAGCAAAAGAUCUCUGGGAGAAGCAAGCUGCUGCUUCUGAAUGCAGUGAUGUCCUUGAAAUUCCAGUCCAAAUAAAGGAUUGCAAUGGAAAUGGAAAGAAUAAAAACCCUCAGUGUGCCAAACUCAUAAACACAAGCCUUCACACACAUCAAAUAAUUCAUAAAGAUAGGAAAAAAUAUGAAUGCUCAGAAUACGGAAAGAAAUUCAGCAGCAGGCAAUAUCGCACUUGCCAUCAAAGAAUCCAAACAGGGGAGAAACCAUAUCAAUGCUCAGAGUGUGGAAAGAGCUUCCGUUGGAGAAGCGACCUUAUUAAACAUCAAAGAAUCCACACGGGGGAAAAGCCAUAUCAGUGCUUGGUGUGUGGAAGGAGCUUCAAUCAGAAGUCUACCCUUACCUCCCAUGAAAGCAUCCACACAAGGGAGAAACCAUAUCAGUGUUUAGAAUGUGGAAAGAACUACAGCUACAUCUCACAGCUUACUUGUCAUCAAAGAAUCCACACAGGGGUGAAGCCAUAUCAAUGUACAGAAUGUGGAAAGAGCUUCCGUUGGAGAAGGGACCUUUUUAAUCAUCAAAGAAUCCACACAGGGGAGCAACCAUAUCAAUGUUCAGUGUGUGGAAAGAGCUUCACUUACAACUCAAAACUUACUCGCCAUCACAGAAUCCACACAGGAGAGAAACCAUAUCAAUGUUCUGUGUGUGGAAAGAGCUACAGCGACAACCCAAAACUUACUCGUCAUCAAAGAGUCCACACAGGAGAGAAACCAUAUCAAUGUUCAGUGUGUGGAAAGAGCUUCCGCUACAACUCACAAAUUAAUUCCCAUCACAAAAUCCACACAGGAGAGAAACCACAUCAAUGCUCAGAAUGCGGAAAGAGCUUUCGUUUGAGAAUGCACCUUAUUAAUCAUCAAAGAAUUCACACAGGGGAGAAACCAUACCAAUGUUCAGUGUGUGGAAAGAGCUUCAGCCGCAGCUCAAAUCUUACUAAGCAUCACAGAAUCCACACAGGGGAGAAACCAUAUCCAUGCUCCAUGUGUGGAAAGAGCUUCAGCUGCAACUCACAGCUUACUUGUCAUCAAAGAAUCCACACAGGGGAGAAAUGAUAUCAGUCCUCAGAAUGUGGAAAGAACUUCAGAUACAGCUCACAGCUUAUUUGCCUUUCAAUAAUCCACACAUGGGAGAAACUAUAUGAAUACUCAGUAUGUAGAAAAAUCUUCAACUGCAGUUCAGAGCUAAAGAAACAUCAAAAAAUCCAGACAUAAAAGAGAAAAUAUCAAUGCUCAUAAUGUUGAAAGAACUUCAACAAGAUGUCACAACUUGCUUGCAUUAAAGCAUCCAGACAGGGUAGAAGCCAUUUCAAAGUUUAGUGUGAGUAAAGAGCUUCAGCUCACAAUAUACUUGCUGCAAGAAAUCAUGUCAAUGCUCAGUGUCUGUGAAAAGCUUCAACCAGAGCACAAACCUGAAGAUUAAAAAAAUCUACACACAGAAGAGACUAUAUCACUAGUAGGUAGUAUGUUGUACCUAGACUGUGGAGAACCCUCUAAGCCAGGAAGCUUGCUGGAUUAGUGUGAGCAGAAAAUGGAAUUUAAUCAACAAUUUAAUUAACAACAACAACAAAGUUUAAGAUGCUUGAAAUGCUGGUGUGUGCUUUAAAAAUUAUUCAGAUUGCCUGUUAAGGUGCCCGUCUUCACUUAGGCACCAUUUAGCCUGUAAAAGCUUUGAACAGUCUUGUAUAUUAUUUUGACUUUAGAGAUGAGGCAUAAUUUACAUUGGUCAUUCAGCUCGUGAUUGGCUGAAGUGGAUGGGCCCAGGCAGAAAUCUAAUAAGGUUCUGUUUCCCUCAUGACUUGCUAGAGAUACCCCAGUGAAUUUGUCCCUGAUUCAUCUCCAGAAGGCACAGUGCUUCUGCAAAGUGCCACCUGUAUAGAUGUCCAUCCACAGUCACUUUAGACAGAUACACCUGAUGGAUUUUGUGUGAUGCAUCUUUUGAGGGCAUCUAUUUUGCCAACACUUUCCCUCCCCUUAAGGAGUGUAGAAUCAGUUUUUCAGUUGGAGAUUACACUGUUUGUAAAUUAUUCUUGCUCCUUUAUUUGGCUGAACUCUGAAUGAAGUGGGAGCUGCUCCCGUGCUUCCAUUCCCCCCCCCCCCCGAGAUGCCACCUCAGUUUGCUUUGUUUCUGAGUAUAUCUCAUUGCUGUAUCAAAUGUCUGUGGUGAGCCUGCCAGCACUGAUGGAGUUAACUAAAAACAGGCACCAGCUGACCUUGACUGGCAGCCUGGAGACACUAGCUCCUAACCAAUCAGUCAACCAGGUGGGUGGGACAUGAUGGCUCCUGGGAGCAAGAGUGUGCCGAGGGAGAGGAAUAUGGAGGAUGACUGUGCUCUCACUUUAGGUGAGUCCCUGCAGAUUCAGAAUUCAGAGACAGAAUUGCAGGGGUUUGAUCUCACCAGGGUUUUGAUGAGCUUCAAGGGGGGAAUGAAUUCAAGGUUUUGUGGCUUUGGAAGUUAGUGCAGGAGAAAGUAUUUCUAGUAAGACUGCGUUGGAAGUUAUUUUACUUUCUGUGUGUUGCUUUGCAAUUACUAAAUACCUGUUUCUUGCAACUGAAUCUCUAAGAUAUGUGCCACCUACAAAAGAUCUGGGCAUUCUGAAUACUCUUGUAACCAAGCUAAACCUUUUCUAAGAGCAACCAAAAAGCUAAAGUUUCAGACCAAAUAGACUGUAGCAACUGAAUAAACUGUUCAUAUCUCUC